CAAAUCAAUCGUAUGUAAUGACCACCGUUCGUGAAUUCGUCCUGGACGAUCUGUUCAAGUUCAACCACAUAGCCUUCGAUCCGUUGGUGGAGGUGUAUUCUCUGCCCUUUUUGUUCCCGAAAAUAAUCGAGCACCCCGAGCUGGCCCUUUCGGUAGUGGCUCCAGAUAAUCGGCUCAUGGGCUUCGUCCUGGGCUGCCGCAUUGUGGAUACCGAAGAGACUAUUGGCGAUGGAAAGGAUCUGGGCUCGAGUCACGGCCACGUUUCCUCAUUAGCAGUAUCAAACGAUUAUCGUCGCCUGGGUCUGGCCACCCUACUUUUGGAGAAUCUACGGGACAAGAUGAACCACAGGAACGACUUGUUCAUGGAUCUCUUUGUGAGGGCGAAGAAUGAGCAUGCCAUCCGAUUGUACGAGUCCUUGGGAUAUGUCAAGUACCGCUGGCUGCCCCAAUUCUAUGCCGAUGAUCAUGGUUACGAUAUGAAAUUGCCGCUUUCUAAAGAUGUCGAGCGAAAGUCCUUGGAAGGAAUUACUAUAAACAAGCUCUAUAGCUUUGGCGAUAUGCUACUCUAUCUGAUUAUGAUGUACCUAAUCGGAAUAAGAGAUCUGGUUUUUGGUGACAUUUUUAAGGAGAAUUAGAUAAAUGUUUGUUAAGUCAGCCCUUGCUUAUUAUGUUUUACCAAUAAACCUUCAAUAAGACCA